CCUCGGCAACUAGAAAGCAAACCCCGAUCGAAAACCUUAAAACAAUGCUAAGCUGUAGCAGAAGCUUACUGUCCCGAACCAUAAAAGGAAAAAGAAAAACCAAAACUAAAAUCAAACUAAAAGCCGACAAAAAUGUUUCUAGAAAACAAAAAUUCAUUGCCAAAAACCUGCAGCUUGAAAGUAAUGAAGAAGAAGACGAAGGAUUCGACCUUAAAUCCUCAGCUCCAUCACAUUCUCAUGGGGUUCAGCCAUUGGGAAACCUUUAUUUCAAUCCCGGCUCUGCUAAUUCGAGGAACACUGGCUUGGGUAAUCUCCAAAUCCUGUCUGAUGAGCUUGUUCUUGAAAUUUUAGGCCUUUUGGAAGGAACCCGGUUGGGAGUUUUAGCUACUGUUAGUAAAUCUUUUUAUGCUUUCACUAGCCAUGAACCCCUUUGGAGGAAUCUUGUAUUGGAUAAUCUAAGAGGAGGGUUUUUGUACAACGGGUCAUGGAAAUUUACUUACAUUUCUGUUUUUCAUCCUUCAUUUGAUGUUUCGAGAAGCACCUGUUUUUCGGGUUUGAGAGUAAGGGAUUUUUAUUCUGAUUAUUUGUUUCAGAGUUGGUUAUGUGCUAAUCUUGAAAUGAAACCAGAAUGGCUUGAAAGAGAUAAUAUAAUUCGAAGAAGAGGGAUUAGUGUGGAGGAUUUUGUGAUGAAUUUUGAGGAACCGAAUAAGCCGGUUUUGUUGGAAGGGUGUAUGGAAAAUUGGGAUGCUUUGAAGAAAUGGGAUAGAGAUUAUUUGGUUAAUUUAUGUGGUGAUGUUCAGUUUUCAGUUGGCCCGGUGAAGAUGAGGCUAGAGGAUUACUAUAUGUAUUCAGAUCAAGUAAAAGAAGAGAGGCCGUUGUACUUAUUUGAUCCAAAAUUUGUGGAAAAAAUUCCGACUUUAGGUUUGGAGUAUGAAGUUCCAGUGUACUUCAGAGAGGAUUUGUUUAGUGUUUUGGGCAAUGAGAGGCCAGACUAUAGGUGGAUUAUAAUUGGACCAGCUGGGUCUGGUUCAUCCUUCCAUAUUGAUCCUAAUUCAACAUCUGCUUGGAAUGCGGUGAUUAGAGGAUCUAAGAAAUGGGUUUUAUUCCCACCUGAUGUGGUUCCUCCAGGGGUGCACCCAAGCCCAGAUGGUGCAGAGGUGGCGUGUCCUGUCUCAAUAAUUGAGUGGUUCAUGAACUUUUAUGGUGCAACAAAGAAUUGGAGAAAGAGACCAAUUGAGUGCAUCUGUAAGGCUGGAGAAGUGAUCUUUGUGCCUAAUGGAUGGUGGCAUCUAGUGAUUAACCUAGAAGAAUCCAUUGCUAUUACACAAAACUAUGUUAGCAGGAGAAAUUUGUGUAAUGUUCUAGAUUUUCUUAAGAAGCCAAAUGCUAGCGAGCUUGUUUCAGGGAGGGACAGAAUAAAUUUGUAUGAGAUUAAGAAUGCUAUGGAGGCUUCUUUCCCUGAAACAAUUGAUGAACUGUCACAGAAAGCAGAGGAGAAAAAGGCCCAGCAGAAGAAAUUGUCCUUCUGGGAUUCGGUGACUGAUUCCAAGGUGGGUGCUUUCAAGUUUUCUUUCUGAAGCAAACACCCGUGAAGGCCACCAGAGAAUGACAAGAGACCAACAAGCAACAACUGGUCUAGCAAUUAGCAUUGGUAUUAUUCUUAUUCGGAUGAAAAUAGUCACUAUCCUUCCUUCAGGUUUCCUGGAAAGUAUGAAUUUUUCGAAAACAAUUUUGACAUUAAUUAAUUUCAGAAGGUUGUACUUCAAUUAUUUAUUAUAACACUAAUGUCAUAGCUCUCUACAAUUCUUUCUACUUUA